AUGGCCACUUCCACUUGGUCCGAUAUACUUCAGCCCGUGCUACGUGCUGUGCGACGGCCGGACAUCAGAGUCCAGAUUGAUUCAUCCAACUAUCAUCAAACCGCUACACUUCCUUGUGACCCCUGUGACUCGUAUCCCGUUCAAAUUGCAGGAUUCCCCGUCGACGUUGCUGAUUUAUCUACCUCAGAUUCGCUCCCCGCCCCAUUUUCACUACAUAAUCUUCAGGACGAACUUCAGUUCUGCGCUGAUCGACUCGUGGAAUUAGCAAGAAGAGCUUCAGAGUCACGAGUCUUCGUUUCUCCAUUUGCUAACGAGGCGCGUCGAUACGGUCUUAAUAUUGUUGGUACGUCGGAAUCCGAUUCUUUACAUGUGUAUGGUAAUACUUUUCGAAAGAAAAGGCUAGUGAGUGCUCGUGCUAAAACCUCCCGCGAAUUCCCUUGA